UGUGUGUCAGUCAGAGUAGCCAUGGCUGAGCUUAUCUUACUCGUCGGAGUUUUCGUAGGUGUUUAUUUUUUAAUUCGCAACAUUGUUGCAGGAAAGAGAUGUAAGAGCAAAGUGGAGCUGCACGGGAAAACCGUCAUCGUUACCGGUAGUAACACAGGGAUCGGAAGAGAGACAGCUGUAGAUUUGGCCCGGAGAGGAGCUCGUGUUAUUCUCGCCUGCCGCAGCGUUGUACGCGGUGAAGCGGCUGUUGCUAUCGUCAAAAGAGAGAGCCAAAGCAGUAACGUGGUGUUCAUGCAGCUGGAUCUGGCCAGUCUGAAGUCAGUUCGCUCUUUUGCUGAAACAUUCCUUAAAACAGAGAAAAGACUGGACAUUCUUAUCAACAAUGCAGGGGUUAUUAUGCAGGGCACUACAGAGGAUGGUCUUGGGUUGAUGUUUGGAGUCAAUCAUAUCGGCCACUUCCUCCUGACCAAUCUCUUACUGGACAGACUCAAAGAGUGUGCACCAAGCAGGGUUGUUACUGUAUCAUCAAUGUGCCAUGAUUCUGGGAACCUUGACUUUAACCUCCUCAACGCUCACAAGGAAUUUGGAACAGGCAACUCUAUGAUGGAUGUCUUCGAUAUAUAUGGCAACAGUAAGCUGUGCAACGUGCUGUUUACACAUGAGCUUGCUAAGAGGCUUCAAGGAACUGGAGUCACUUGCUACAGUCUCCAUCCAGGUGCUAUCAAUUCCGAGUUGACUCGCAGUGUUCAGCCACUGUUCAAGAAGCUGUUGAAAGUCAUUGGAGCCUUGUUCUUUAAAGAUGCGGAGUCCGGUGCCCAGACUACUCUAUACUGUGCACUGCAGGAGGGCAUUGAAGGCCUGAGUGGUCAGUAUUUCUCCAACUGUGGAGUGAAGAAAGUUCGUCCCAAGGCUCGGGAUGACGCAGUGGCUAAGAAGCUCUGGGAAGUGAGCGAGACGUUUUGCGGCCUGGCCUGAGAUAUACACCGGUCAAAUAAACUGUGGUCUAACGGAUUAGAGUUUCAGAAAUUCUCUGUGAGGAUCUAAGUUUAAGAGUCGAAUCAAGGGUGUUCAUUGUGUGCAUAGAAAUAAAAAAACGUAAACAUAUUUGACAAGAUUAUUUAAAAAAGGAUUCCGAAUGUAACAGUCGUUCAUGGUUUAUGCUGUCUAUUCUUGUAAUUUACCCACAUGACAGUGAGCAUCUGCCAGAUGAAAUUCUUAUGCUCAUGAGGCUCCAUGACGGCAAUCCCAUGAGGUCCCAGAGGUUGUUUUUGACAGGUGUGACUUUAUUAUUUUAAAGCUAGGCUUAAUUUAAAAUCUGUUGUGCACAUAAGAUGGUGGGGGCAUACAAGUAGUACAUUUUACAAGUAGAUCAGAGCACACAUUUUAAUUCUGCUUGUUAAUGGCUGUAAAAAAAAAAAUUGUCAGUUAUUGCUUAAGCAUGGAAUAUGUACAUAUUCUUUAAACACCCUGGACAGGGUGCCAAUCCUUCUCAGGACACACACACUAUGGGCAAUUUGGGAAGGCC